UAAUAAUAGAGUAUGGCCUGUCUCAAAUACAUGCAGAGAGGUUUGACAUUAGCUAUACGUAAAACGUAUAUAAACACCACCUCCUAAAGUUAAUUAAUAAGUUUAAUAUGAUCGAGUUUAUAGUUGUAGAGGUAUACAGUUGCUAGGUCGAUCCAGGCUAGUAACAGCUUCAUUUGUCGGCAACUUUCUCUUCUUCUCGCGCGGCAGUUCACGUCAGGAGACUUCGCUCAUUAUUCCAACUCUCAAUUGCAUCGUAUGGUCACCGAGGGUCACUUGUUAGGGAGAGCGUCACUUACUCGGGCAACGCGAACCGUUUGCGGUUUUUUGUGUCACACCUCGUAGCAGCACAACCAUCAGAAUGAGUCUCCAUGAGUUAGCUGCUAGUGGAUGUGUCGAUGAGUUUGCUAGACGACUGGCCAAGUGUGACACCGAUGAUGUGAACGAGAUAAACGAGAACGAGCAAACUCCCCUGCAUUGCGCUUUGGAGAACGAGCAAGACGCAAUAGUCGAGCUACUGUGUGAGGCUUCAAAGUCCGGCAAGGUCGUCAUUAAUCCUCUUCUAUCAGACAAUCACAAAAGAACGCCCCUUCACUUGGCUGUCAACACGGGGAAAGUAGAGUUAGUGCAGACUGUUUUAGGGAUACCGCAAGAUGUGAAUCAGAGAGGUCCUAAUGACCGAACGCCUUUGCAUGUGGCAGCUCUCGACGACAAGUCGGAUAUAGCAUCUCUACUGCUGCAACAUGGUGCUGAUCCACUGUUGAGAGACAAAGAGAACAAAACUGCAUUGGGACUAGCAGUUGGCACAGGAUCACUAACCAUUCUUGAUGUCUUCUUACGUAACUGUGGUUCACAUUCUAUGGAUCUUCUGGAAAGUAUUUCAGGAGAGGACAAAAGCAGUUUGUUGCAUUUAGCUGCCGAAUCUGGCAGUCCAGAUGCUGUUGUGUAUCUUUUGUACAAGAAUGCUAACAGAAUUGCAAGGGAUUCUUAUGGAUGUACAGUAAUUCAUAGAGCUAGUCGCUAUGGUGACUUAAGAGUUCUUCGUCAAUUUUCAAAUACUGACAAAUCGUUGUUUGACUCUGGUAAUUCAGAAGGUUUUACACCACUACAUGAGGCUGCUAGGUGUGAUAACGUUGAAGUUGUGGAGUUCUUACUCGAUAAGGGUGCCGUACUGGACAAAUGCACCGUGUCUGGUGUAACUCCUCUGCUGCUCGCUGCUGCAUUUGGAGCUCAAAAUGUUGUCAGAUAUCUUCUUUGUUUGAAAGUAGACUACAUGAAGAAAGACCAGAACGGUGCUAAUAUCAUUCAUUUAGCUGUUGGUCAUGUAAAGACAUUAAGAAUUCUGGCUGAGAUUCUCCAACCUAGAGGUGUAUUUGAAGGACUUAUUCAUGAUCAAGACAAUGAAGGCUCAACUCCACUCCACUAUGCAGCUGAUCAUGGUGGACCAUCGGAUGUAACAUUUUUCUUUCAACACGAAGCCAGUGCUGUAGCUGUGAACCAGAAAGGCUUAACUCCUCUCCAUAUUGCUGCAAGUCGCGGCCAUGUACAGAUAGUUGCUAAGCUCUGUUCAUAUGCGCUUCCUGCGCUAAAUGCUACUGAUGAGAAUGGCAGGACUCCUCUUCACCUGGCUUGUUUCUAUGGCCAGCCAGAAGUUGUAUCAAAUUUAUUAAAGUAUGGAACAACUAUCACUGAAGAUCACGAUGGCCGUACACAGCUGCAUUUUGCUGCCUGGAAUGGAUCUGUUGCUUGUAUGAAGGAGUUGUUGUCGGCAUAUCCUGAAGAAUUGAACAAAAAGGAUGUCGAAAAGGCAACACCUCUUCACCUAGCUGUUGUAGCUAAUCAUGCAGUUAUGACUGCUUAUCUCUUGGAUCAAAACGCUUGUCUUUCUGACAACAAGUUUGGUCAGAAUUGUCUGGACGUGGCUCUUGCACUUGAAAAAGAAGACAGUGCAGCUGUGAUAGUGAAGCAUCAAAGAUGGAGAGAAAGUAUGAAACCUCUUGGUUCCAAUGCAAAAUCUCAGCUGGAACUGAUGGUAGAGAAAAUGCCCAAUUUGGCAUUGGUUGUGAUGGACAGCUGUGUGACAUCUGAAAGUUAUCCUAAGAGUAAACGGAUAUUUGACUUCCAAUACAUGCAAGGUGUCACAAACACGAAAUGUCCAGUUCCUGCAAUGGCUUCGUUACGUCUACUUGAGGCAAUGGUAAAGUUUCGACGAACAGCUUGCAUGGCUCAUUCUCUUUGUGUUGAAUUUCUCAACUCCAAGUGGAGAAAGUUUGGUGCUGCCGUGGCCUUUACAAAUAUUACUGUGUACUUACUAUUUCUCUUGGUGUUGAUGGCUUUGGUGAUUCAAUUUCCAGUGUACACAGAUAAACCACUUUCACAUGGAGUCCAAGCUCGACGCCUUCUGGAAAUUCUGAAUAAUAGCAUGCCAGAAAACAGAACAAAUCUAACAUUCUCUGAAAAGAGUGAGUUUUGUUACGGCAAGUUUGGUACCCGAAUGGCUACUGUAGCCUUUGCUAUUGUUGCAUUAUUGAAAGAAAUGGUCCCCAUUUUCUAUGAGAAAUCUAACUACUUCAAACUGUCCAAUGUCAGUGAACUGUUGGUUUACAUUCUAACUUUGGUCUUUUUGGAUCCUUUCGGGCUCAUUCUCAAUUUGUUCAAUGUACCUGUGGAAUGUCCCAAAGUUGUGUGGGAAAUCGGAGCAGUGACAGUGUUUUAUGCAUGGUUGGUCUUCCUGCUCAAUCUAAGAAGGGUACCUGUUUUGGGCAUUUACAUUGUCAUGAUAACGUCGAUGGUCAAGACUUUGUUAAAAGUUGUGGUGGUGGUAUCACUGUUUAUGUUGGGAUUCGGUUUAUCUUUCUUUAUGCUCAUGAACACUACGCCAUUGUUUGUGUCUGGAGAAUUGUCACUAAUGAAGGUGAUUGUCAUGUUUCUUGGUGAUUUGGCAUAUGGAGACAUCCUGCCACCACAAAGAAUAAGCAGUGACAAUGUGGCAGUAUACCAGCAACAGCUGAAAUUUUGGUAUCAACAAUUUGAGUUUAGCAACCAUCUCCCCAGUGUUAUGAACAUUGACAGCACAUUUCAAAGCAAUGCGAUACGUGUUGACGAUCAAUCUUUGGUCGCUUUUCCUGAAUUGUCGUAUGCAUUAUUUGUUAUAUUUUUACUACUGAUGCCUGUGGUGGUGCUCAAUAUGUUGAUUGGUCUUGCUGUUGGCGACAUUGCUGUUGUUCAAUCAGAUGCUGCGCUGAGACAAAUUCGUAUGCAGAUUAAAUUUCUGGUUCAACUGGAACAUGCUCUUCCAUCAUGGAUUCUCAGUCGUUUUCAAGUCUUGAAGAGUGUUCAAGUUGAAGGAGACAGAACGCUGCAUGGCUGGAUUCGCAAUAUCAUCAAAGCUGCUGAUGAGCCAAACGCAAAUGAGGUGUCUAAGACUGUUGAACAGCUGACAGCAAUAACAUCUAGUCACCGUCAUUUGGAUGAGUGGCUUUCUAGCAUCCAGAAGAACUUAGAUCAGCAAGACGCUGUAAUAAAAUUGCUAGCAUCUCGUGUCAAACACGAGCGUGAGCAACCUGGUGAGAAGUCGUCUCAACCUUCUAUCCAACAAGAUGACACCAACGGUACUGAUCCUGGUAAUGAGGAAGAACAGCAACAGACUCAAUUGAUGAUGACACCCGCUGAGUCUGAUAUGUUGAUGGUAGCAUCCGAAGAACCUGGAGAUGAAAUGGUUUGAUGUACUACUAAGUAUGCUAAUUAGUUCAUUAAUUUGCGCCAUUUUUGUGUAUUUGGCUGCACGUGUUUGCUAGAUGGAAACUUUAGCUACUAUAAAGGAAGAUACCCUAGUUAUUGUAUUGUUGUUUUACAGGCAGUCAGUAUUGUUAGAACGUUUAUGUUUGAGUUUGUUAUGUAAGGGAUUAUGCUGAUUAAAAAUUAAAUAAAGUGUCAGUGGUCCUUUAACUGCUUUUGUGUGUAUGUCAAGUCUGUCUGGAAUGAAUGAGCACAGUCACAUGCGAUAACAUCAUUUGCUUUGUGUGUGUGCAUGUGCACUUGUGCAUGGGUGCCUGUGUGUGUGUGUGUGUGUGUGUGUGUGUGUGUGUGUGUGUGAGAGU